UCCUCCCACCUCCAAGCUGCUGCAGAGGAUUCGUCCUCCAACCUCUGCACAGCCACACUCGCUCCCACUCAUUCAAGCCAACGGGUGGCAACGUGCACUUCUGCAAGCACAACAACAAGCAGCCCGACGCCUUGAAAACCUGUCGCCGUCGGGAUAAGUCAACAACCCGGAGGACGGAUUUAGCAGUGCUCCGGGAGCAGGAGGGGGAGAUUCGAACUUGCCACUUUUAUUCCCUGGUCUUUUAUUUUGGCUGUUUUGGCGGGGUUGACUUCUUGUUGCCGGGCAAAAAAAAACCCACCCUUAAAGUCCAAGCAGCCAUGACAGGGCAUCCCGUGUGUGCUGCAACGCUUCACUGCCACUUCUGACCUUCCGCCGAUAGAGCGAAGCCGAAGAUGUCAGUGUGUAGCGACUUUGCGGAACACGUGUGGAAACCCGGCUCCUGCAAGAACUGCUUCCACCAGCAAAGCGCACACAAGACUUCAGGUGGUCCAGCAGUUGCUGCGGCCGCCGCACCGUGUCCAAAGGGUGGAGGCGAUGACGACACAGUGACAUCCCUGUCACCCUACAGCAAGCCAACUAUCGCAGUGAAGCCCACCAUGAUAAGCCUUGAUACUGGCGACUUGAUGGCUGACGUCAACAUGAACGUUGAGCAGAAGAACAUGAAAAGCCCAGUGGAGCGUUUGGGCCUGAAGAAGAUCAUGGAUCUAUCCUCCCUUUACAUUGAUAGUAAUAACUGCAAUAAGAACCUUAGAGAUACAACGCUUCAGAGUUCAGACACCAAGACUGACCAUUGUUUUUCUUCCUUGUCCAAAAACUCCAUGAUUAUUAGCAACGUGUUGGUCACCCAAGAUGAAGUUAUUGGUCCUCACAAUACCAACGGAGAAAACUGGAGGCAGCAGAAUAGUACCACAUCCCCCAGAACCAAGAGGACUUACAACCACCCCACCAGUGCAGCAACGAGAGCAAACCUUUUGCUUCAGAAUUCCAUGGAUAAACCUUCCCUUGUGGAUGUUGAGCUGACCAGUCCUGCCAAAGUUUAUAGCAACGCCAUCAGCUGUGGGAGCACCAAUGUUCAAACCGCCGAGACAUCCAGCACUUCCGCUACUUCCUUAACCUCAGCUUUAUAUGUGGAAAAUAACACUCAGCAAUCCAUCCAUUCUCCUCCUGUCCUGUCUAAACAAAACAGCCCAUUAAACUCCUCUUCCUCCUCUUUCGGUAGCAGCACAGAUUCACUGCCUGUGACCCGGGAUUCUUUUGGGAGUCCCCAAAGCCCACAAGCAACAGCUCCCAGUUCUGUCAGUGGUGCAGGCUAUGAACCAAUUUAUGCAGAGAGCACCAAGAAAAAGCAGAAGCCACAGAGAAAAGGAGUGCAAAGUUAUCCGGGUUCCCCAGACCAAACUAGCAACUCUGAACUCUCGGGAGAAGCUCAGCGGGCCACCAUCACUGUGAUGGCCUCUCGCACAGAGGUGAACAACAGGACUUUCUACCUGAGUAGCCCGGAUUCAGCCAUCAGCACCCAGUGCCACUUUAGCCCUACAGUGCACAAAGACCCCAGCAGCACUGCCUUCCGCUGGCCCAACCCCAGCCUCAGUGCCCCCUCCUUGGUUACAGAACCCAUUGUUGCUCCCUCGCUACACCCCAGGCUUCAAUCUAGCCCACCCAUUCCACCAAAAACAAUCACCCGGUCCCCUAAACUGGGCACCUCAAGCCUGUCACCAUCCAUCUCUUCACCUGUUCUUCAGGACCUCCCGAGACUGGGCACUUCUAACCUCUCGCCGUCCUUAUCAUCUCCUGUUCCCCUCCCUGAACUCUCCAUGCUUUUCCUGGUCUCUGCCAAAGAAGGACACUUCAAGGUCCAGCCAGAAAACCACAGCACAGCAGCAUCUGAACGCUGGGUGAUGCACCAGCACCACCACAGCUCCACCUGGAACUGUCGCAUUGAUGAGGAAGAGGAGGAAGAAGAGAGAGAGCGGAAAGGGCCUGAAAAGAAGAUGCUGACUACUCAUCCCCAGACCACAUCUCGUGUGACAGGUCUGGUCAAUGGUGCUGCUGUUUGGAAGGAGUCCAGAGUCUGCAGCGAGGCCUGGAGCAGCCCUCCUCCAAAGACACAGCAAGGCGCGGCCCCCCCGCUCCGACCCAACAAUGGAGCCUGUCAGGGGGACAGCGAGGGCACCAUCGCAGUGGAGGAGGCCAAGCAGUGCAGGACCAUGCCGGCCAAGCAACACGAGAACUCAACAGAGCCACUGGCAGCGGGGAGCCAGGGAUCAGGCGGCCAUGAGGCCAAUCAACCACCUCCACCACCUCCACCCAAAAAACAGCACAGAGCAUCCGGUCAAUUGAGUGUCAGCAACAUGGAAGUGAAUCGCUGCACCCAGCUGGGCUCGCUGGAUAGUCCUGCCACGUCCCCUCUAGAACUGGGCAGUGCCAGCCUACCGACUGCCUCCACCGAUAGUCUGACUGCUGACGCAGGUUCUAGGGAUGGUGCUUGGUUGUCCUGCUCCUCUCCGUUCCUGAGAAGUCCGGUGGCUUCGGCGCCCGGUUCUCCCCGCCCUCCAACUUUUAGCAUCUCGGCCAACCAGCCCCCUCCGCUGCCAGAGAAGAAGAUUGUCAACCGCACCGUGUCGGCCCCCGACAGCGCCACUUCCAAGGCCUUUGUCCGGGCCUACCCUCGCCUCCCUUUCACCGGGUCAGAAAACAACGUGUGUCGACCCAAUGACUCCAGCUGUCGGGCCAGUUUACCGUCGAGUCCAGUAGAUACGAGACCCGUUUUCUCCUCCAAUGAGUCUCUGGAGCGCUGUCACACCACACUCAGCCGUCCUUCCAGAUCACGAACUUUGGACGAGCCUUUUAAGAAUCAUGGCCGUUUAGGUGUCCACUGCAGAAGCAGCAUCACCUGCUCCUCCUCUCCUCAACUCAGUGCCCCCUUUUCCACUUCCGAAGCAGGGGCGGCACCCAACCUGGGUUCCAGUCUGCAGCUUCAGACCCUCCUGAGCAACAUCGACAGCCGGGAGGGCGUCUAUUCCAAACUGGGCGGCCUCUACGCAGAGUCCCUGCGGCGCUUGGCUCUCAAAUGUGAGGAGCACUUUACGGGCUCACAAAGGAACCAGCUGAGGUUCGAGGAGAGCAACUGGUCUCUGUUCAGGCUGACGUCCAACAAACCGAGCUGCAAUGCGGGCGACGCUGUUUACUAUUCCGCUGCCUGUGCGUCCGACCCCAGCAAGUCCUACGCCGUGAAGAUCUGCAAGACUCCGUCUACGGAGGCCAAGCAGGGGCACCUGUACGGGCUGUCGGUUCAGCAGAGUAUGCCUCCGCACUUCAACCUACAGCAGGACUGCGGCCACUUCCUGGCGUGCGUCCCCCAGAGCAUGUUGCCCCCCGAGCGGGCGGGAUCGCCAGCGACUUCCCAGCAGCCCCGCGGCCAGCAGGGGGAGCGAGAGCGGGUGGUCGUCAUCGUUCCCGAGAUCCCGCGGCAUACGGCGGCUGACUUCGCUCGCGAGUUCCAGGCCUUCCACAAAAGCCAGCCAGAGGUUUACGAGCGCCGCGUCUGCUUCCUGCUGCUGCAGCUGUGCCACGGCUUGGAGCACCUGAAGGAGCACGGGGUGACCCACCGCCACCUGUGCCUGGAGAACCUCCUGCUGGCUCCUUACCCACCUACUCCACCCCCGCCCGGCCAGCAGACAGAGACGAGCGAGGCUUUUAGUCAGCGUCACCUCCCACGCCUCCUCAUCAGCAACUUCGCCAAGGCCAAGCGGCGCACGGCUGAAGACGCCUCGUCCGCCAGCGUGGACCCUCGCGUGAAGCGGGACCAAGCUCGCCUGGCGCCCGAGAUCGUCUCCGCUGCCCAGUAUCGCAAAUUCGACGAAUUCCAGACGGGCAUCCUGAUCUACGAGCUCCUCCACCAGCCCAACCCCUUUGAGGUGAGCCCGGCCCUGAAGGAGCAGGACUACCGCUGCGAAGACUUGCCGCCCAUCCCGCCCGUAUCACUCUACUCCGCCGGUCUGCAGAGGCUGGCUCGCCUUCUGCUCCAACCGGACCCCAUCAAGCGCAUCCACAUCCAGGAUGCCAAGCGCAUCCUUCAGAGCCUCUUAUGGGGGCCACGGAAGGACCUGUUGGAUCAGCAGUGGGAGAAGCGGGGACCGGGACCGGGGCUGGGGACGGACGGUGCCCGGCACGAGGGCCUCCUCAACUGGCUUGAUGUGAAGCGAGCGCUGCUCAUGAUGAAGUUCGCCGAGCGGUCGCUGGAACCAGAGCGCAACGCCGAGCUGGAGGACUGGCUGUGCUGCCAGUACUUCUCCUCGGCCCACCCUCUGGCGCUGUGUCACACCGCCGAACUGCUCUACUCUCUCAAGUGACAGACUGCUGGUGCUGUGGGAACCUGACCGAUACACUGUUUGGACAAGAGUAUUGAGACAUGGAGCCUCAAAAUGUCUCGAGGUGGAGUCCCCCAAGGUUCUGUCCUUGGUCCCCACUUGUGUUCAUUUACUGUUUUUAUUUGCAUUGGCGCUGCGGCCCAAUGCAGUGUGCCUAGUGUCCAAACUGUGUGGUGAUUUUCUACUUCUUCAAAAGGAGACACUGUGAACGUAACUUCCUCAUUAGCACUAGCAACCGUCCAGUUUUAUCCUGCCACUUUCUUUCAAACUCAUAUCGUUGAAAUUAUUAAAGAAUCAAACCGAAAAGAAAAUGGCUGUUCAAGACUGACGUCAUAACGUUUUAGAAGAAGAGUUGUAUACGCUGUUCCUCGCUGGGGAUCAAGUCAGACCCCUGCCUACAAAGAUUUUGAAUUGCCUGUGGAUGCCACACAAGAUGGCAGCAAAGAAAUACUUUUCUAUUAGACAGGGAUAUGGCCUGAAGAAAUGACUCUUCCUCUCACUUACAAGUAUUUCCUUGGUACCAAGAAUAGACAAGGCUGCCAAAACAAAAACUAGGUGAGAGACUAAGAGGAUGCCUUCUCUCUCCCCGCCCCCACAAAAAAAAAUGUGAUAGUUGCAAUUGCAAGUAUCGUUUGGGGAAUGUUGUAUUUUUUUUACAUUAAAGUAUUACCUAUUUGGAGAAUAAAGUCAUUUCUCCCUUGG